AUGGGCGGUAUCGAUCAAGUUAACGAAACCCGACUUGCACCCGCGGUUGCCAACGAAGGUAACACCGUCGAGAAUCGCGACAGUGUUACCAAAAACAUACCAACGGAUGCUAUCAUCAACUUAGACCAUGGGGAUCCAACGAUGUACGAGGCUUUUUGGGAAAAAAUGGGGGACAGAUGUACGGUUGAGAUUAAAGGGUGUGAUUCUUUGAGUUACUUUUCAAACCCUAAAAACCCUUGUUGGUUUCUUGAACCAAAGCUUGAGGAAGCGAUCAGGAGCCUGCAUGGGGCUGUAGGCAAUGCAGUAACUGAUGGUUAUUCGAUUGUGGUUGGGACUGGUUCGAGCCAUUUGGUGAAUGCAGUGCUCUAUGCGCUCACAUCAAACCACCAACCUAACCAGAUCAGUGUUGUGUCAGCAGCUCCUUAUUAUUCGGCAUACCCGGAGAUUGCGGAUUUGGUUAGGUCAGGAUUAUACAAAUGGGCAGGUGAUGCGCGCCAGUUCGAUAAAGAUGAGCCUUAUAUCGAACUGGUGACGUCACCUAACAACCCCAAUGGUGUGAUCCAGGGAUCCGUGGUGAACCGUGAUGGCGGGAUCUUAGUACAUGAUCUUGCUUAUUAUUGGCCUCAGUACACCCCUAUCACUUCUUCAUUAGAAUUCAACAUCAUGUUGUUUACUGCUUCCAAAUGCACUGGUCAUGCCGGUUCGCGGAUUGGAUGGGCACUUGUGAAAGACAAAGAAGUGGCGAAAAGGAUGAUAAAGUUCAUGGAAGUGACUACAAUUGGGGUAUCAAAAGAGUCACAACUGAGGGUUGCAAAUAUCUUGCAAUUCAUUGCUGAUGGAUGCAAACAAUUUGGAUCUCCACAAGGCGAUAACUUUUUUGAAUUUGGGCAAAGUUUGAUGAAGAAAAGAUGGCAGAUUUUAAGGGAAAUAUUGAAAGAGAACCAAAUGUUUACUAUACCAAAAUACCCUCUUGAUCAACAUUGCAAUUUCUUCGGAGAUAUCACUAAUGCCCAUCCAGCUUUUGCAUGGAUGAAAUGCAAAGAAGAAAUUGAGGACUGUGAGAAGCUAUUGAGAGGUCACCAGAUUUUAGCAAGGAGUGGAAGGAGAUUCGGGUCGGAUCCUGGGUUUGUUAGGGUUAGCAUGGUUGGUAGAGAAGAUGAGUUUAAUCUGUUCAUUGAUAGGCUUUCAAAGAUUCAAAGCUUCAACAAUGGUGAUGAGAAAGACAAGGCUAAUGCAAGUGGAAAUCUUGUUUAAUAUGAUACUAAAAUUGGUGUGGAGAUCCAGAAUGAGAGGUGUAUGACUCAUGAUCCAGCCACCAUUUUCAAAUUUAUAUAAUAAAUCUAUGUUUUGUUACAU